AAAUGAAAUUAAGAAAAGGAGUAUUUUUCCAUAAUUUGGAUUUUGACACGAAUCAUUGCCUUUUCUCUCUAAGUAAUACUAGAGUACUAUUUGAAUAUUUCUGUCUUCUGGACGUUCAUCUCAGACGCUCUUUAAAUGACGUCCAGUUCUACUGCUUCAUGAGGCAUGUGACAGACCUGAAAAGGUCAAAGAUAAUGCUGACCUUUGACAUGCUGGAUUUUGAUGGGGAUGGAGAAAUACGCUUUCAUGAGUUUUAUAUACUAGCCUGCAUUCUUCUCAGUAGUAAGCACCAUGUGGAAAAUAGGUUCCUCCAUAGGCAUCCCCAUUCUACCUUUAAUAUGCUGGAUGUGGACGACAGUAGAACCAUCAACCUAAACGAAUUCAAAUCUUUAGGUUUCCUUUUCAACCUGAAGAGUAAGCAGAUCGAAAAACUCUUCAGUGAUUUUGACACGAGUCAUGAUGAGCGUCUGAAUUACAAGGAGUUCCAGAUGUUCACCAACAUGUUCUUCCUCAGCCAAGAAAAAGAGUAAAAUCUUGCACAGGAUGAUGUUCCCAUUUCAUGACAAUUGCUGAUUUUGUCAUGCUUACAAACAUGUCUUAAAACGCAUCUCUGUAAUAGAACAAUAGUAAGUUGGGGUUAAUGAGGAAGUCAUUUAUUAAGAAUGAAAUGGGGUUAGAUAAUUCAAGUUUUGUUAUUGUUGCAUUCUUUGUCCUUAAAAACCUUUAAACUAUUUAAAAGUUUCAACCACAAGGCCAUUUUGAGUGAAACUGAGCUUUCACACAAUUACAUAGCCUGAAUAGCAAGGAUUGAAGGGAGAGAGUAUUUACUAAGACUGACUUCCCACAUUUGCCACUAAAAAGGAAGUUUUCCUGUCGCCUACAACAUCUAAAAACACGUGUCCUAUGACAUAGUGUCCUUUUUUAUUUGUAUUCAGAUUUGAUUUUCGCAUUGCAUAACUCACAUAGAUAAGAGGUAUUGUUAGUAGGCAACUGAUACUGUCUUAGAUACUUACAAAAUACUGUAUUUUAUAAUUCUAUGAACUGUAGUAUUCCUUUUAUGUUUUGUAUCUUUAAACUAGUAAAGAAGACAGCUA